AGCUGCCCAGCCCAUUCCCAUCCGAAAGGCACACAAUAGUCUCGAAAAUUCCUUCCUUCUUUGGAGGACUUCAGAUUCCGAUCGCCGGGCCUCUGUGUGCUCCGCCGUCUCCCGAGCAGUGUCUGACUCGUGCCGUGUUUUCUCCCCAGCUUUGGCCCUCCCCUAAUUCAUAGAUAGUAAUCAUGUUUUUCGAUGGAUAUGGUUACCAUGGAACAUCGUUCGAGCAAUCAUAUCGGUGUUACCCUGCAUCUUUUAUUGAUAAGCCUCAGAUAGAAAAUGGUGACAAAAUUAUAAUGCCUCCAUCUGCCCUUGAUCGCCUUGCAUCUCUACAUAUUGAGUAUCCAAUGCUGUUCGAACUUCACAAUGCUGCAGCAGAGCGGGUUUCUCAUUGUGGUGUUCUGGAGUUUAUUGCAGAAGAAGGCAUGAUAUAUAUGCCAUAUUGGAUGAUGGAAAAUUUGUUGUUGCAAGAAGGAGAUGUUGUGCGGGUGAAAAAUGUUGCUCUUCCUAAGGGCACAUAUGUAAAACUGCAACCACAUACAAAAGAUUUCCUGGAUAUUUCCAACCCAAAAGCCAUCUUGGAGACAACACUGAGGAACUUCUCUUGCUUAACAACAGGAGAUAGUAUCAUGAUGGCUUAUAACAAUAAAAAGUAUUAUAUAGACAUCAUUGAGACAAAGCCAGCUACUGCUAUAAGUGUUAUUGAAACAGACUGUGAAGUUGACUUUGCUCCUCCUCUUGAUUAUAAGGAGCCUGAAAGACCUGUUUCUUCUCUCCCAAACAAGUCUGCUGAAGGCGAAGAGGGUCCAGUCGAGGACAUACCAAAAUUCAACCCUUUUACCGGUGCAGGAAGGCGUUUGGAUGGGAAAUCAUUGAACUAUAACCCUCCACCCAUUUCCCCAUCUGGAAUCAAACCUGAUGCAUCCAAACUCGCAAGGCAAGCUCGUGUUUGGCUCAAAUGGGAACCGCAAUCGUGAAUCACCAAAGCAAGAACCGGUGAAAGAAGAACCUCAGAAGAAAGAAGAGCCAAAGUUUCAACCUUUCACAGGAAAAAAGUACUCUCUGAGGGGUUGAUGGUAUUUAUGUCCAUCAUGUUAAUUAUAUAUCCUGCAUCUGUGAAAAUGAUUUCCCUGUCCCAAAAUUGUGAAUGAUAGAGAUCUGUCACUUGUUGAUACCUUUUGGUGGUUUUUUGCCUUGUGGUUAAACUUGAUGAACAUCCUUUUAAUAUGGCAUGUGCAGUCAAUUUAUAGACUACAUAGUUAUGAUUUAUGAUCAUUGUUUACACUCUUUUUUAAGCUAUGGUACCGGAUUCACGAUCUAAACUGCGGCCCACUAUAAGCUUAUUCUGAUUUUAUUAAAGCCUAAUUUGAUCU